UGUAAAUCAGAGGGAGGAAACAAAACCUGACCAACAGAGCUGCAGUGAGAGGCGGAGCAACACUGGAAAGAGGAGAGCUGCAAUGUCACACUCACAGAAAUGAGAGUUAAGUUAGUCAGAGUGUGAGCCACGCUGCAGUGGAGACAAGUCUCUGUUUCUCUCUAAAAGAAAAUUCACACUGACUUCAUCAGGUCUUUGUCAACAACACAGCAGUCUCUGCCCAACACUGAUAUGGCUGCUGCAAACUAUCUGCCAUCUGAAGAUCAGUUUCUGUGCUCCAUCUGUCUGGAUGUGUUCACUGAUCCUGUCAGCACACCAUGUGGACACAACUUCUGCAAAAACUGCAUCACUCAACACUGGAAUACUGACGACCAGUGCCAGUGUCCAAUGUGUAAAAAGCUUUUCAACAUAAGACCUGAGCUGCAGGUCAACACUUUGUUCUCUGAGAUGGUCGCUCAGUUCAGACAGUCAACUCAACAGAAAGCCAGCAGCAGCAGCUCACAGCCACAAGUGUCCACACCAGGAGAAGUUCCCUGUGACAUCUGCACUGGAACCAAACUGAAGGCCCUGAAGUCCUGCCUGGUGUGUCUGGUCUCCUACUGUGAGAUUCACCUGGAGCCUCAUCUGACAAUGUCAGGCCUGAAAAGACAUCUGCUGAUCGACCCUGUGGAGAACCUGGAAGACAGGAUGUGUACGAAGCACGAUAAACCUCUGGAGCUGUUCUGUAAGACCGACCAGACAUGUGUCUGCAUGCUCUGCCAUGUUUCAGACCACAAGAUGCAUGAUGUUGUUCCUCUGAAGGAAGGAUAUGAAGGAAAGAAGGCCGAGCUGGAGGCUGAAAUUCAGCAGAUGAUCCAGAAGAGACGACUGAAGAUUCAGGAGAUUAAACGCUCAGUCGACCUCAGUGAGAAAGAUGCAGACAGAGAGAUAGCAGAAGGUGCUCAAGCUUUCACCGCUCUGAAGGAGUCCGCUGAGAGAGGCCAGGCCAAUCUCAUCGACACCAUUAGAGACAAGCAGAACACAAUGAAAAGAAAGGCUGAAGUCUGCAUUGAAGAACUGGAGCAGGAAAUUUCUGAGCUUAGGAAAAGAAGCACUGAAGUGGAGCAGCUCUCGCGCCCAGAGGACCACCUCCAUCUUCUCCAGAACGUCGAGUUUUUAAACACCCACCACCCAACACCCACCAAGGACUGGACAGUGGUCACCUUCUGUCCAUUGUAUGAGGGAACUGUGACGAGAGGUGUGUCUCAGCUGGAGGAGACACUCAGUAAAGAGACGAGGAAGCUGGUUGAGUCUGAGCUGAAGAGGGUCCAGCAGUAUGCAGUGAAUGUGACUCUUGAUAGUGAUACAGCACAUCCUGAACUUCUCCUGUCUAAUGAUGGGAAACAAGUGCAUCAUAGUGACGAGAAGGAAUGUUUCAGCUACAGUCGAGACAGAUUUACUCAUCAAUAUCGGGUUUUAGGAGAGCAGAGUUUCUCUUCAGGCAGAUUUUACUUUGAGGUUCAAGUUCGAAGAAAGACUGAAUGGACUUUAGGAGUGGCCAGAGAGUCAAUUCGCAGGAGAGGAUACAACAGACUGAGCCCUUACAAUGGUUACUGGACCAUAUGGUUGAGAGAAGGAAAUGAAUAUGCUGCUCUUACUGAACCUUUAGUCCGUCUCUCUCUGAAGUCUCGGCCUCAGAAGGUGGGGGUGUUUGUGGAUUAUGAGGAGGGUCUGGUCUCCUUUUAUGACGUAGAUGCUGCAGCUCUUAUCUACUCCUUUACUGGCUGCUCCUUCACUGAGAAACUCUUCCCAUUCUUCAGUCCCGAAUGUAAUGAUGAUGGUAAAAACUCUGCACCUCUGAUCAUCUCUCCUGUCAGAGUAAAAUAAUCCCUUCUUAGGGUGAGGACAGCAUCUGGUUUUUCAUACCUUCAUACCCCCCUGAACUUUUACUGGGGUAUAUGGUAUGUAAGGGAUAAUGUAUAAUGAGCCGGUGAAUACUGGGAAAAUAACUCCCUUCAGGGGAAUGAAACCUUCUAUUCCCCUGUCGGGAGUUAUUUUCCCAGUAUUCACCGGCUCAUUAUACAUUAUCCCGCUUAUUACACGGCUAAUUAUCAGUUAAAUAAAUAAUGUUGUCUGCCUCUGCGAAGUACAUUAAAACCGACCGGAUUCGACAACUUUUGGUGAAAGUUUUGUACUCACCCAGGCUUAGUGGACUGAAUCGAGGCAUAAAACUCGCGUAAAAUGUCAUUAAGCAUCAUGUCAUUGACUGCAGAGUGUGUAUUCAAAUCCGUCUUCUUUUGUUUUUGGCAGAGAAAGUCCGUAGGUAUUCUUUUUCUUCAGCGGCAUCCGUUAAAAUCAGCCACUUCUGUUUGUUUUUUCCCUCGGAAGUUGUUUGACAGCUGCAGUGUUGCAAGGCAGCAUCCCUAGCAACACUGGGCUACAUAGCAACUGUGUGUAAUGACCGUUGCUACUAGCAGCGGUCAUUACACAGUAAUAUCAGACCGCAGAAUGCCGCUACUGACCAAUCAAAAUACAGCAUUUAAUAGAGCCGUGUAAUAAAUGACGGUAUCACACUUCAUUCUAACUGGACAGAAACAAAAAACAAGGAUCACCAGGAUAAUCUUGUUAGUCAUCUAGUUAGUUGGUCCACUAUUCCACCAAUCACCAGCACUGGUUUUCUUCAUAAUAAUCCCUUUAAACACCGAGCUGGCCGUCUCUUUACUGCAACAUUAUCCCCCACCACCACUCUGGAGAAUGACCUCUGGUGGUGCAUGCUGUGCAUUACAUACAAUGAGUUUAACAGACAGAGGAGGGUGCAUAUUUCUGACGGUACUGAAAAUCAUAAUGUCAGGAUUUCUGAAUACCCUAAUAUACUGUAAUACUGGGGAUACCCCCCCAAGCCUAUCCAUGUUAUUUCAUGUACUUAUUUUCAUUCAAGGGAAUAAAUAUUCAUAUUUAGAAUGAAUACUGUAUAGGCAGAAACUGUUUACUGUGAUCAGGGCUCGACAGUGCCGAGCGUUUCACUCGCAUUUGCGACUAAAAAUAGGUGUGUGCAAACUGUAAAAAAUAUUUAGGGGCACAUGUGCGCAUAAAAAUAUCAGCCGAAGCUGCCUAUAUUUUUGUCAAUAAAAAAAAAAAAAAAGAUAAUCUAACCGCAAAUGUUGGAGGAACUCCAGCCGCCUUCCCUCUUCCCCGUGUGACACGGUUAUGGGCGGUUUUCCAAGCCACUGUCGGCACAAUGAAUAUAAGUCCCACUGUCGGCAGCGUGGAAAUAGCCUAAGUCAAAGUGUGGAGGAGAUAGACCGGGUGGAUCUCUGGGGAAGCCUGCUCCGUUCUCCCUGUAGUUCAAAUAAUUUCAACUCUGAGCGCAGCGCUCGGGCGGAAAAUCAGAGCGGUGCGCGACACCAAGGGUAGCGGUGCAGCUUUGUCAGGCGUUGCUGCCCUCUCCAUACACAAACAAUAGGACAGCCAGCGCAAAGUGGUUUUACAGCUGAUCAUGUGUAGAGGCCUUUAGGGACUGUUUGCCACGGUACCGCUGCUGGGCAGGGUGGAAAUAAAGCCCUUUUCACACAGAGCGCACAAAGUGCAGACCUCCGCCGACGAACCCAUUCAUUGUGUAUGUGCUACCGCAGCGCAAGAGCGCACCGCUCUGCCGCCGAGCUGAGCGGCGCGUGAGGGGGGAGCAUGUCGCGGCGUCUGCGUGCCGCCAGCCUGCGCUCGAAUUGAAAUUUUUUUUAAUUUCACCGCAACGCGCUGUGACGACACCUCGGCGCCGCACAUCCAAUAGCAGAGAAGAGCCUGAAGUAGACCCGGAAGCGGUCACCAUGGAGCUGUAGCUCCUGAACGAGCCUGUACUCCCCCAGAUCCUGUCCUCUGUGCCCUACCCCGCGGUGGGUGCCGCGAAAGCUCUGUGUGAAAGAGGCUUAAGUCCUGCAGAGUUUCAGAGGACUUGGAGAAUGUUUUAGGAUAGUAAUUACAUUAUAUAAGAUAAUCAUAUUGCAAAGAUAAUAUAUAUAAGAUAAUACCUUUUGUAUACAAAUUCAUUACAUAAUUUUGCUUGUAAAUAUCUAUUUGCAUCACGUUUAUUAUGGAAAACACAUUAUUUGAUCAAUUUACAAUGUGCCCCUAAAGUUCUUUGUGCGUUCCUUACUUUUUCAACUUAGGAGCACAUGUGCUCCUUGGGAAAAAAGUUAGCGUCAAGAACUGUGUGAUGGUUAAUUUACACUUCACUGUUUAGAUUUUUAUCAUAUAUCGAUCACAUUACAUUCGCAACACAUUAAUUUGAUGUUUGGUGUUUUCAUCUCUUCAACUCUGCAUCAUGACACAUUGAUUAUGUGAGGAAUACCUAUUUAAACCUCUGUUAAACCCACAGACAUUUAUUUUCACUGCCAGAUGGAAUCAGUAUCUUAAGACAUCAUAUCUGUCAAGAUGCAGUACGAGUAAACAGCAAAAACAAAAAUGCAGCAAAAUAUCUAGUUUUUCUCUAUUUAAUGUGCUGCCACGUAAAACAUAUUGCUGAAUAUAUUUCACUGUCAUAAAAACUUUAUUUAAGAGUAUGCAAAUUACAUAUCAAUAGUGUAUACAGAAUACAGUAUGUGUCAUUGUUAUACUGGGCGUAAAAAGUUAGUAAACAAAGGAAGAGAAUUUUCUGUCUUGUGUAAAUAGCAGUUUGGUUAAUCACUGGUCAGUUUGGGCAAUUGUUGUGUUUUGUAAAUACUGGUGAGAUGGCUUAUGUGUCACAGAAAUCUGUAAAUAUGUGAUUGUUAAAUGAAAUAAAGUUGUUGUUGAACUCAAGGCCUGAGUAAGCAGUGACUUGAACAUUA